AUGGCUCAGAGUCGUUCGUGGUCUUCCGCAACCUUCGAAAGAGGGGUUGCCCUUGCUGGCAAUCAGUGCCUCGACGUCAAAAGUGUUGGUGGAAUGUCGCCGGACGAUCAGCUCCUGGCGAUGCAGGAGGAACUUCGGGAGCUUGAGGCGGCACAAGAGUUAGCUCUCAAGGAGAAGUGCACACCGACGGCUCCCACACCGGGUUCCGGCCGUGGCAAUGCGAAACGGGCUGACGGGCAGGGGAACAACGCCGACGUUGCCUCUCCAGGCCAAUGGGACACCUCUGCGCCGAAGCCACCUGUCUCUUGGCUUCCCCAACCUGAGAAUACUCUUCCUGAGACGCAGGCGGACUCCCCCCCGCCUGCGCCAAUCCUUCCAGACCCAACCGCUCUAGCCGUAGCCAGCGGCCCUGCAGAUUCUGCAAUGGUUGCAGACUCCGCAAUGCCCACCGCAGCCGCAACCGAUGCAAGCACAGGGCUUCAAGACUCCGCAAUGCCCACCACAGCCGCAACCGAUGCAAACAAAGGCCUUCCAGACUCCGCAAUGCCUGCCACAGCCGAUGGAAACCAAUGCCUUCCACCUCCCGUUUCAGGCACAGAUCAGGCCAACAAGAAGGGCAAAGGCAACGGGUCCAGUGGCAAAGGAAAAGGUCAGGCCCCCGACACCAAGACCGCAGAUCCGCCAUCCAGCAAUCCCCCAGCUCACGCACCCAGCCAGCCAUUGGUCGACUACAAGAACGGCCCACCUCCUCCCGAUGACGUCCUCGACAAGCCGACAGAAGGAGCAAUCUACAAACGCCUCGACCGCCUCACCAAGCCGAGAGCUGAUGGCUCGUACCUCCUGCCGGAGGAAGUUGUCCUAAACUUCCGAAACAAGGCCAGUCGGGCCGGAGUCAUCCAGGCUUUUGAAAAGGAUGCCUUCGUUAUCAAAUGCCGCAAAGUGCUGGAGAUUUCCAACGAGGUCGAAAUCGAUGAGCAAUGGGAGUUCAUGACUGAGGACGAGAUGAGAGAUGAAAGCUGGGAGAGGAUCGCCGGUGUGAAGGCCCACUGCGACGCCAACAAAGGCUUCAAAAGGACCGGUUUGUAUGACAACAAGACCAUGUACUGGGCUUGCAAAAAGGUCACGGGCCACAAGAAGAGUACCAAGCGCUCCUUGAUCCAGAAGAUGCAGGAGUACGAUGAGGAGGGUGAGCUCAAGGAUGAGGACCUUGAGAUGGAUUGGGAUAAGAUUGACAAGCAAGGCAAAGAUUCCAGUGCCCCGCCGACGCCGGCUCAACCAGGGCUGGAAGGGGUCGACAAGAAGUCGCUGGCUUGCUUCCCGGAUAUCGAGAAAGUCACGACCCCGAGCUCGAUGAUCCCCAAGGCAGGACUUGCUAUCGAGAAACGAUUGUCUAAAUUGGGGAUGGGCAAGACCGAUCUCACGAACGACUGCGAGAAGACGGAUCAGGUGAACAAGAUGACGGAUCGGAUCACGAAGAUGGUCCAGGAUCUGACCGAGCAGGACAAGGAGUUGACGCAGUUGUACGAGGAUGGGAUGGUUGAUGGCUACACCAAAGAUCCAAGCGAAGAUUUUUCAGGGGCUACUCAGGGCCCGCAACCUGCCAAGGGCUUGGCUUUGAUAAAGCUGCCGGUUGCACUGUUCGCUUUUCGGUGCGAAUCAGGGACUGUGGUUUCCAACAACAGGAAGAAGAUUCAGGAGGUUCCAGCACAGGAGCCUCUGAGUACGCCCAAUAAGCGAGGUGAGACGACGAGGGCGCCGAUGCUGGAGCAUUGGGCAGAAGACUAUGGUGACGGGGCACCAGCCUCGAGCAUUGCCGGCAACAUCCGAGCUGCCAAGGAGGAGGGCUGUGAAAGCCUGGGCGUUACCAGCGCAGGCAAAAUGCUGGAGUCCAAUGAUGGGAACAGCAUGCUAGAAAUUCCCUGGAUCAAGCCCUCCACCUGGAUAUCUUAUUGGCUAGACAAUUCUUACAAGAACUAUCCCGAUCUACUGCACGAGCUGUUCCGAUUGGUCAGUGAAGACCUGAAUGAACUGUGCAUCACUGGAGCAGCUGUCGCUCAGAAAGGGCACUUCUACACAGGGUUUCUUGGCCUCAAAGGAGAUAUGAAGUUUCAUCACCAAAUCGGCUUUCUGAAGCGCAGCUACUACAACUUGGGAAGGAAGCGAAACCUACCGAUGUGUCACCUUUGCAAUGCGGGGAUUGCAGAAGCCCCGUUUGAGGACCUGGAUGACCAACCACAGUGGGAGGCUUCGCUUUUCAUGAAUGCGCCCUGGGACUCAGAUGCAAUCCCUCCAGUGGCACAGGUUGAAUUCGACCCAGCCUGCACGCCAUUGGUCUUCCGUCUGGACCCGUUCCACCUCUGGCGGAUGGGCACAGGUUGGCAAAGUAGCCCGGCUAUCCCGGAGAGUAUCAUCCCGACUAGUGAACACUCGCUGCAAAGGGAACUCUUGCAAGAACGCUUGAACGAGGGUUGCCUAGAAUCACGGGUCGUUCUCGUGUUGCUCCGGGUUUGGGUGGAAGCUCGAUCGCGCAACAGCUGCGGCUACCUUUUCCGACAGUACUCGCAGCUAGCUCUGGUGCAGCCUUGCAGGAGUGAGCUGCCAUCCUUUGACGUGCUUCAAGCGGCCUGGAUGCCGGAUACAGACAGCGAUGAAGAAAAGCCAACACCAUUUUGGGAGAAGGUCCCGAAGAGGCAAGACAUGUUUUCCACCUUUGACGGCAAGAUCCAGCCGAAAGACGACUUUCCAAUAUUCCAAGAUGAGCUUCUUUCUGAAGCUGAAGUUGCAGUGUAUCCAGAUAAGUCUACGGGCUGCUCCAACUUCGAUUCCUGCAGCAGCCCAGCCACGCCGCAGAGAAAGCACAAAGCAAUCUUGGCAUCGCAAUCGCCCACGAGCUCCCCAAAGAAGGGAGACUUUCCGUUGAGUCCAAUCGUUGGCCCAUCCCUGGCGCAGCCGGCGUGCUUUCCUGACCUGUGCUCUGACAGUGAUGGAGAGCUAUCUGUUUGGAACGAUAAGGAGCUUUGUGAGCAGGAGCUUGAGCAUCGCUUGAUGUCGAUGCUGCAGCAAGAGCAGGAGGAGAGCUGGCUACUGGAGCAAGAGACUGCGGCUACAUUCGAGCUGGCGAGGUCUCUGAAUUCAGGCAGCUUCCAGCGUGAUGCCACGCCGCCGUGCUCACCGAGCAUGUACCGCACGCCACGGCGCCGUCAAACUGCUCCCCAGGCAAGAGCAUCGAGCGACGUCCGGAGUCGAGACGUCUAUUUCCCUGCCGAGGCCGAUCAGAUACCUGAAGGAGGCCUGGCCCUGGAGGAUAUGACGGCCAGCCUCCUGACAACCUUACAGCAGACGGCCGAGAGGCAAGUCAAGAAGUACUUCCAUAAGUAA